CCUGAAAAUCUUUUGCGUAGCCUGAAACCGUUAUCCGGCUACAUGCGUGAUUUGACUGCGAAAGAACUUGGUUUUGAUUUACAUGGAGAUUUUGGUAAUUAUGACCAUCAUGGCACAAUUGACUCAGUAGAUGAAGGUGCUUCCACCGGUGCAGAGGAACAAACUCCAGCGCAGUUGGAAGAGGAAGAGAAGAGACGUGCCAUUCGUUUAGAGAAUGAACCGAAGACCCGCUUUGAACCAUAUGUGGAUGAUCUCACCUCAGAAGAGAUAUUAGCGCAAGUGCAAGGCGCAGCACGGGCAGCUAAGAAGCGGUUGUCGGCAAAAGAAAAGGCACAUAAGAUGGGUUUCUUGCGGCAGAACAAAGAUGGGACGACCUCUUUGAACGUGCUACUUAAAGAAGAGAAUGAAGGGCCAGAAAAAGUGGUUAGUCUUGGCGAGUUGGUAGGUAAAUUGGAAUCAGGAUCAGGACAACUAUAUUACUCGCGUAAGGACAAACGAAACGAAGCGAAAAUGGUGAAGCCACUUAAUUAUGGUGCUUUUGCAUCUUUCGCGCCAAGCUUUGAUUCACGUUUCUCUAAUUUAAGCCGAGAAGAAACGCAGUUGGUUAUGAGAACAUAUGGGGAUGCUACAAGCACAGAGUAUGCUGAAAGCAUUUUAGAAUUUACCAAGGAUUCCAAUUAUGCAUCCAUGCUGGCCAAUGGGCUAUUAGACAUGCUGACUAAUGGUGAACACAGCAAAGCAAUGUCCGAUCUUUAUGAUAUGCAAGUACAAAAUCAUGAGCAAAAUGAAGUAUUCAAGUGCUUUAGUGCAUCCGGCGGCUUUGGUUGUCUUCAAACAGUAACUCCCACAUCAUCGAAAACUCGCGAGCAAAUCGAGGAAGAAUAUGAAAAGUACAAAAAUACUCGUAUUGAUUUCAAUCGUUUACGUACACUCAAAGAUCUUGGCAUAGAUAUAGAAUUUCUGGAUAAUAUCGAAGCGGAAAUGAAAAAUUUCGAAUUGACUCGCCGCCUGCAGGAGCAUUUAAGCAACAAUUUAAAUUUAAUAGAGAAGUUGCGCGCUACGCAACACGAGCGACUUUCACAGCCAUUGCCGCAGCACUUGGCUUUCGUACCACAAGCUAGCGCCGAAGAACUGCAUCUGGCGCAUCAAAUUAGCCAACAGCUCGGUGAUGUUGCAAAGAAAUUGCCGCCGUCAGCUGUGGUUGAUCCUUAUAGUCUGCGUAAAGCAAUGGGCAUGUCAAAUGUGGGUCUGCCACCGCCGCCACCACCAACUACCCAACGCGUGCCCUUGCCCGAGGUGCUUCAACAACCAGUGUCAUUGCCGCCGUUACAGCUAGGAUCUCAAAACUUAACUCUAAAUAUUUCAGAUGAAAAUACAACAAAUGUUUCUGCUGCAGCUCUGCCCAUGGAAAUAGAUGAUGAAGAGUUGCGCGAAAUUUUAGAGAGCGGCAACAGCGAAAUGCAUGCAUCUACAAUCGCAGACGAAAAUCCUUGGUUAUAGAGAGUUUUCUGUGAAAAUUAAUUAAUUUUUAUUAUAAUUUUAUUAUUUCAUUAUAUUUGCAUUUAUUAUAACCACCUCUUGUAAUUAAACUUGCAUUCGAAAAUAAAGGCUAAACGCUUUCCCUAUUAUUUUAA